GUAUUAUGACUUUGACUUUGUGAAAGACACGCUAUUGCUAAAGCAGAGGGGUUAACUAUUUUAUAUAGAAGAAAAUGUAACACAAACUAAAUAUCAGUCAACAAAAUAUAUCAAACCUUGGCACAUCAAUAUCAUCAAUAAUAAAAAUCAAGUUUUAUUUUUAUUGAAAAUAUUUAUAUGGUUUUUUUUUAAACAUGAAACACGUGAAAAGCGUGACCUUGACAUUGACAAUGGUAAUAUUACUAUUGACUCUUGCAACAAUAAUAACAGCAUCACCAUUAGCAAUUGGAAAAGAUCUUGAUGAUGAUAAUAAUCAACAUGAUACAAGAGAACGAUAUGCAUGGAAUAAACCACAAGUUCAAGUCUAUCGUACAAUGGAUUUAAAGGAUUUCAAUGACCCACGAGUUGGAGUCCUUCGUGAUGAAGAUAUUCCAGAAUAUCAAGCUGGAAUUCCAACAAUGGAUUUGAGUGUUUUGGAAAGUCAAGAUAAAUUAGAUAAUCCAAAUACAAGAGAUAAUAAUGUCGAAGAGACAAUAGUUAAUUCCCAUAAUUCUGAAAAUUAUAAAAAAAAUGAAAAAUCAGAUGAGAAAGAAGAAAAAGUUAUAACAAUUUUUAAAAAUGUUGAAGUACCAUAUGAGGUAGAAAAAAUUCAACAUGUUCCAAUUGUUAAAAAAAUUCCAUAUGAGGUAAAAAUUCACGUUCCACAACCGUAUGCUGUUGAAAAACAGGUACCAGUUCCUUAUAAAGUUUACAUCAAGGUACCAUCCUACAUACCAGCACCGUAUGCAAUUGAAAAAAAAAUUCCAUAUGCAGUUCAUGUGCCAAUUGAGAGAAAAGUACCCUAUCGAGUGUACGUCCCAAAGCCUAUUCCAGUUGAACGAAAAAGUUAUUAUCAAGUUAAAAUACCAUCAAUUGAACCAUAUCCAAUUGAACGGCAAAUUCCAAUUAAUAUAAAAAUACCAACAAUUGUGCAUCAACCAAUUCCGAUAUUUAAAGAAAAACCAGUGCCUUUUUACGUCAAUGAUUCACCAGCAUCAGUAAUGCCUGAUAGUAGCUUUGAAUUUAAUGCAAAUCAUCGAAUGUCAUCAGAAGAAUAUCGUGAAAAUUAUAAAAAUAAUGAAGAAGAUAUUUAUAAACCAGGUGCUUCAUCGAAUGAACCAGAUUAUGAUACUGUUCAUAUGCAAUUUGAUAAACCCCAUUAUAAUAAUGAAAAUAAAAAUAAUAACAUGAGUAUCAGAAACAAGGAGAAAGAAUAAAAUUCAUAAACUUUAUAAUUUUUUUACAACUAGAGCAUAAAAAGAAAAAUUAAAAAAGAAUAUCCAAUUAUCAUUAUUAAUGCAAUGUGAUUGUUAGUUUUUAUAUAUAUAUAUAUACUUGGUGGGUAUUGAAGUUAUAAGAUAUAUUGUUAAACAUUUGAUAAUUAUAGAAGCUAAUUUUAUUUUUUCUAUGAUUAUUUUCAUCGGUCUCUAGUCAGAAAAAUAAUUUUCUUCAACUAUUCAUUUCAU